GAUGGCCAAGCAGCUGGCCUUCAAGCUCCCCAAAAGUACACGGCCAUAUGUCUAUGAUGUUGUGGAAGAGGCUAUGAAUGAUAUAGUGUCCAAAUAUACCGGCAAAGUGGUAGCCGGAUCCUCACCGAUGGAUGUCGCGGAGCACCCAGUAAGUCGUUUUGAGAUCUACUAUGAUACCGAUAUCAAACUACUUACACAUCAUCAAUCAUGUUUUCAAUGGUACCUGAGGGCACACAUACCCGAUCUGUAUACCUAGAUGAAGAAAGGGGUGUGUG